UCACUGUUUGCGUUAUAGAUGUCAGAUGUCACUUAAUCGUUGAAGAAAAUUUAUUGUGUGAACAUUAUUUUACUGAUAAAAAUGUUAGAAUCAAGUCCAAUAAUUUCCUCGUGGUACAAGAAAUAAUUUCCCUGAUGUGAGCCGAAAAAGUGUGAUAUAUAAGCGAACAAAAUGUUUCGUAGCAGAAGUUGGUUCGGUGGAGGCUGGAACCGUCCGAAGAAUCGCCUCUCACUGGACCAUCUAAAAUACUUGUACAGUGUACUGGAACGCAAUACUACGGUGUCCGAAAGCAACCGUGGUCUAUUGGUGGAGUCCUUGCGUUGCAUAGCGGAGAUUCUGAUAUGGGGCGAUCAAAACGAUUCAUCCGUGUUCGAUUUCUUUCUUGAAAAAAACAUGCUAUCGUACUUCCUCCACAUUAUGCGACAGAAAAGUGGGGGAUCCAGUUUCGUGUGUGUUCAGCUUCUUCAAACUUUGAACAUCCUCUUCGAAAACAUUCGUAAUGAGACGUCCCUUUAUUACCUGCUGAGUAACAACUUGGUGAAUUCGAUAAUCGUUCACAAGUUCGAUUUUUCCGAUGAAGACGUAAUGGGAUAUUACAUUCUCUUUUUGAAGACGCUCAGCUUGAAACUGAACACGCAUACAAUACAUUUCUUCUACAACGAACAUACGAACGAUUUUCCUCUCUAUACGGAAGCUAUCAAGUUCUUUAAUCAUCCGGAAUCGAUGGUACGCAUUGCCGUUCGUACCAUUACACUAAACGUGUACAAAGUGCAGAAUCCAAAUAUGCUACAGUUUAUUCGGGAUAAAACGGCAGCUCCUUACUUUAGUAAUUUAGUCUGGUUCAUCGGAAAACACAUACUAGAGCUUGAUGCCUGUGUUCGGAAUGACACAGAUCACCAAUCUCAACACCGUCUAGCCAAUCUUGUAGCUGAACAUCUCGAUCACUUACACUACCUAAACGACAUUCUGUGUUUGGAUAUUCCCGAUCUUAAUGCUGUUCUCACGGAGCAUUUGUUGCACAAGUUGUUGGUACCAUUGUAUAUAUUUUCCCUGACACCUAGCCCGCCUAUCUCGAUGGCCGUUGUAACUAGGAAUCUUGCCGCCGUGCUGAACAAGGUGGUGGACAUCGAUAUCAAAGAACUGAAUAAUCCACGUGUAUCAAGCGUGGUAGCGCUGUUUCUGUUGUCUCUCGUUUUUCUUGUGAUUACGCAUCGGCCUUUGAUCAACGCGCUCACCUGGGUCAUUCUGAAUGCAGACCAUACCGUUUUUAAAGAAGGUGCUGCACAAAUUCUAAACGCCUACAUUGACAACCGAGAAGUUGUAGCGCUAGGAUUUGGUCAACCCGUCGAAAGUUUGGAAGAGGCACUGGAAAGUUCAGUUGCAUCAUCCAGCUCGUACAACUAUGAUCCCAGUGCGGAAGAUGCUAAUAGCAGUAGCAGCACAUCGACCGCCAAUGAACCUCACGCAUCGGGUAUUAUGUUUUUCAAUUCAAAGACUAGUAUGAUGAUAAUUAUUUUCUUUUUAUUUUCCGAAGACUCGCCGAGCCCACCAACCCUGUCGGAUGAAAUAGAAAAGGUGAACAUCACAGAUGAAGAAAAAGAAAAACUACUCCUCAUUGCAUAUCGAACUCCUGAAUUUAACAGACCUUUCCUGGAUAUGGUCCUUUCAUCAUUGGACUGCACAGAGAACGAUUAUUUAGCCUUACUGGCUCUAUGUUUGCUGUAUGCACUGGCAAAUAACAAAGGUGUUAAUUCAGAGUGGCUUGAGAUUGUUCUGAGCCGCUCUUCACCGAGUGGCUGCUCCAAGUAUAAUGUAAUACUCUUAGAAAAACUACUCCAGAUCAUUACUCUCUCCAAUCAACCAUCCUGUCGUAUUCGAUUAGUUACAAUCGAACUUACGUUGAAGUUGUUUUCUCAAAUUGUUGGAAUCGGCACGAGUAACAUCAACAUAUGCGAGCAGCACAAACAUUCAGUUUUUUCUGCGCGCAAUCAGAGUAUGACCGUUCUAAGGAACUUUUACAAAUCGGAGGACAUUUUUCUGGAUUUAUUUGAGGAUGAGUACAACGAAAUGGUAAAAUCCACUCUGAAUGUGGAAUUUUUAUGCAACGACUCAAAUAUUUUGCUACCACCUACUGGAACACCAUUAACCGGGAUCAGCUUCACUCGGCGAUUACCCUGUGGAGAAGUAGAAAAGGCACGUCGCGCCAUUCGUGUAUUCUUUAUGUUGCGAAGGAUGUGCCAAAGUAUUACCGGGGAGAAAGAAACUCAACUGCCACUGACAAACCUAAGCCAGUGUGUACAGGUGGAGAAUGCACUGGAUUUAAAUAACAGCGACCUAAUUGCAUGCACGGUAUUGAUGCGUGAUGGUACAAAAUAUCGUCGAUUUCUCGUGAUGGACAUUCUGCAGCUCAUCUUGGUCGAACCAGAUAGUAAACGAUUAGGAUGGGGUGUUGCCAAAUUUGUUGGAUUCUUGCAGGACGUAGAAGUUAACGGAGAUAAAGAAGACUCGAGAAGUUUGCAUCUCACUAUUCAUCGAGGUGGUGCGACAAACAAUCGAACACCAAUACUUUCGGCAAAGUUCAUGUUUGAUGAUCACAUUCGUUGCAUGGCGGCCAAACAAAGGCUCACAAAAGGUCGCAGUAAAGCGCGUCAGAAGAAAAUGUUUCAAAUUGCUCAACUCUUGGAGGUACCCGGACAAAUGAACGACGCUUCUUUUCCGGCACUCAGAGGAACUAGUGGAUCUUCUGUAUCCGGUGCAAUUUUAAGACCAGGAGCUGGACGUCAGCAGCGGGAACAUCGCCCCUUGUUUUCAACAGCAAAUCGUGUACCAGGUGUAGCAGCUGCUUUGAGAAGAGAUAGCAUGCCAUCCGGAAGCGUGAGUAGGGUACAAAUCAAUUCCAGCCGUUCCAUCGAUGGUGAUGCUACCGGAGCACGCCGUAAGAACUCCAAUCCUGCACGUCGAGAAAGCAGUCAGCCAAUCGCAGUUACCUCAGCAAAACCACGCGAUUCUUCCCAUAAUCGCUCGGGUACACCUCGGUCGCGAGAAUCAAGCCCUCGUGUUCUUAGGCCACGAUCGGAAGAAAUUCCUCUAGAGGACUUCCGCCGUUCGCAGAACUCCAGCCCUGUCUCGCGUGGUUCAUCAAACGCAGCUUCCCGCUCUCAUACACCUUCGCGUCUAAGUCUCGAACCAACCGGUGUGUUAUCCGCUGCAGGUAACAGCCAAACGAAUGUAAACACAAGUAUCAUAGUAAAGGAGCAUGCAGUUCCCACCAUUGUAACUGUUGGUAUGAAUCCUGCAACCAUCGCUAUACCCGUGGAGGUGAGUCCCACUUCGGAGGAAACUUCAUUCAUAGCUAGCGAGGAGCGUCAGAAAAAAAGAGGCGCCAUCGAAACCGUUUAACUGGGAUGGUGUUUGUACUUCAGUGUUAUUUAGUAGUUAUUUUUUUCGGGACUAUUCAAAAUUUUAAUCGUUAGUGUCUACACGAUUAUUUUUAGGUGGAAUAACAGGAUCAUAUUUAUGUUUCAUAUAAUAGUUAAAAGUUUGCUUCGAAAGUCCUGCAUUCGGAACGGUGCGAGAAGAGUUGGGGAGUUUCUUCUCUAAUCUUCUGGCCAUCACAUCACAUGAUUUGGUAUUCUUAGUAUGUAUAAGAAACGUAAAGAUGUAAAACAAGGUGCUAAAUGCGCACAAAAAUCCUGAUGUCAAUCCUAUUUUCCAUUGGAUUGUCUGCUCUAAAGUUAUCAUGAUGACGCUUGCUCGGAGAUCGCAUACCUGUCACUGUCGGGCUUUUAUACUGUGACGAACAGGGAUAAGCACACCACCACCCGUCGUCUUAUGGCUGUUGAGGGCGUUGCGGUCACAGCAACAGACAUCCAAUGACGAAUCAGUAUGCGCUCGACAUCGUUCGAUACUCCUUUACAAUGGCGAUGAUUAGAAAGAGGAAAAACAACGAAAAGGCUCGAGAAAACAAAUGAAGGAGAAAAGUAAACAGAGGAGAUAACAAAAAUGGAACGAUUUUCUUCUUCAUGUCAAUAAUUGAGUAAUAUAAGAUAAUCCUAGCGCUUCGAAAACUGCGUUAAUGAAUUGCAAAAGGUCUGUUAGGAGGUAUUAAAAUAUGCGGCAUGGGCGGAUCCCGCCUCUGUUCCGUCCAGUACAUGGGUGUAGUGUGGAUAGCGGUUUAGGCAUAUCUUUGAGUUUCAGCUCUCUGUACAUAAGUUCAUCUAUGUAUGGCGAACCUAAAAUCCGGAUACGCAAUUGCAUUACUACAAAACAGUUACAUAUCAAAUGAUAUUAAGUUCCGCGAACGGAUUCGGAAAGAUCACACGAAUAAUACUCAGUAUGCUGAAUAGUAGCCAUGUGAUAAUUGAGUUUGCAAUGUCCAGUCAGUACCCUGAUGCAACUGUGCUACACUGAAAAAAAAUCCAAACAUUAAUUCUAUUUGCUUCAAUACACUUAAAAUCCAUGGAUCUAUAUGCAUAUGAAUAUAAUGCAUAUGAAGAAGAAAUGCUAAUGUUAUCACGCGCACACAUACCUUCUAUGUAUCAACUGUAUAAACUAUGUAUGCACACACAUAAGUUAUUUGUGCGUAUUGUUAUAGAAUCGGGUUUUAUGUACCUUAUAGUUAUGAAAUGCGAAUGUAAGAUUAAUAUGUCUUGUAAAUACACACAUUAGGAUAAUGUGCCAGCAAAUAGUGUGUAUCUGCCUCAGCUAAUUGCAAAAAUCAAUGUGUAAAAUCAAUAGACACAACGUUUUAAUUUUUUUGAGUGCAGAAAAAAUGUAACAAAUUCUUUGACAUUUUCGGACUCAAAUCAGGCAAAAAAAUUGUUCGAACGCAAGUUUGCAAGCUACGCCAAUGGUUGCCAUGUUUGGAUGCAGCCCCAGAGCGAAUUUUGUGCUUUAUUCAACUUAUCGACAGUGGAAGAACGGACCAACGAAUUUGGUCACAGCGCUUGUUCUACAAGCGAAUGAGAUUGGUUUAAUCUCAUUUCAUAGACACCAGCACCAGCUCUUUCCUCAGUUUAACAAACUGCGCAUUCUUCAACUAACCGCUCCAUUCAGCCAGCCAGACAGUAUUCUUAGCGAGGAGGAUUUCUUAUGCUGAAAGUUUUAAAAGGAAAACUACAUGUGAGUGUAAGGUCACUGGGAGCAUGUAUAUACUCAUUCAUUUGGGGCAACAAUCUUGUGUAGCUAGUUGCACGAUAUAUACUCAUUCUAUAACUAAUACCGUUCCAGAACACAGUAACUCUAAGACGGUAUGCUCAAAAAGUGCUUUUUGUUUCAGUAUAGUGGUUUUAUGUUCAAGAGUGCCUCUAGAACAGCAGCAGGUGUUGUCGUAAACGCACCAGUCAUCGCCGUCAAGACCAUCCUCUGAAGAUGGUUUAACUUUGAUUAGAUUGUCACGACUUCUCCCUUCCACCACCACACAAAGCACCCGUAUGCCAGUAUUGGUCUAUCAAUUGUUGCGUAGAUACACUGAACUGUACUUGGGUUCGAGACCCCCAGAUUUGCCGAAAAUCAUGCGAGCUGUCUUGAUUCUGAAAUCGAUGUGGCCGUCCAAUUAAGUUUUGAAUCAAGAAUUACCCAACGCACUUAACUUGAUAUGCGACAAUGAUUUCAGAAUCAAAGAACUGCAACGGAAGAGCUCCGUUUGUAAUCCUUCGUUGCGUGAAAAGCACCAUUGACGAUGCCGCCUAGAACAUAAAUAGAUCCGCAUCUUGCGCAAGCCAGGGCAACAUGUCAAAUAAAUAUGGCGAAAGCUGAUCAUAAUUGGCAGCAUGUGUUUUUCUGGGUCAAUGGUAUGAAGUAUCCCAUCUUUUCUUUCUUCAUUGACUAGGUCUUUAUUCAUACGUCAGAAUUCUGCAAGGUUGAGGUGAACAUAGCGUAGUUUAUAAGUCGAUUGUUCUGGGUUCGGUUAGAUCUUACUCGUCAGAAAAAGAGGCCAAUGAUUGUAAAGCUUUAUAAUACAAAAAAAUCUUCAACACAUACUAAAAUGUUUGUUUAGAUCUGUAUUAUCUAUAACGAUUAAUAUAAAACUUAAAGGAGGUUUGGAAGUGAUAUUCUCUUAUUAAUAAUAAAACCACGUUUCUUCACAUCUUUGUAACCGGCUCUAAGUUCAACAAUUUGAGUAAAGUGGAUAAAACAGUAUACACAGAUUGCAACAGAUGAAUUCUUGCAAACAUAGUUGAUAGAAGAUGCUCGCGAUUUUCCUGUAAAUUGAAAACAGUAGAUAAUUAAUAAUGUGACAAGAGAUGAAUUUGAUUAAAUGUGACGUUCGUUUUGAUUUUUUAUGUCAUUAAGGGUUGCGUACAAAGAAAAAAAUAUGCGAAAAUUGAUGAUCACUACUUAUUUUAAUAAAACCAGGUGUAUAAGCUUGAA